AUGCGAGUUUAUCGUUUUGCGAUCAGGGGGGGGGGGGGGGGGGGGGGUUUCCCGCUCAUCUCUAUCACUGAUGGGGGUGGUUUAUGGGGGGGGUAUGUGUGGGGGAGGAUUUGGGGAAUUAUUAGGGGGGGGGGGGGGGGGGGGAAUGAUAGGGGGGGAAGGUUGGGGGGGGAAGUUGGUGGGGGGGAGGGGGGUGGUUAUGGGGGGUGGGGGGAGGGAGUUGAUGGUUGUUUAGGGGGGGAUUAUGUGGGGGGGUGUGGUAUUGGUUUGGGGGGGGGGAUAUGGGGGUUGUAA